ACAUACAUGCGAUAAGUGCACUUUGCCCGUGUACUUUCUUUCGGACUCGACCUUCUCGUCAGUCCACAGAAGUUAGUCCUCUUAAUGGUGGUUGUCCAAUAAUACAGUUUUGUUCUUUAACUUUUUUAGCAGAAAUAUCAAUUAAAAAAUGGCUGUGGCUGUCAGAACAUUUUCAAAAUUCACAGUUAGAAAUUGUGGAAAUUUAUUACGCUCCCAAGUAAGGUUCAAUUAUACAGAAACUAGAAAAAACUUAAAGAUUGAUUCCAAUACCAAAGUCAUAUGUCAAGGUUUUACUGGCAAACAAGGAACAUUUCAUAGUCAACAAGCUAUCGACUAUGGUACUAAAUUAGUAGGUGGUGUCAACCCUAAAAAGGCAGGUAGCGAACACCUUGGAAAACCUGUCUUUAAAAGUGUUAAAGAGGCAAAAGAUGCCACUGGUGCUAGUGCAACUGUAAUUUAUGUACCUCCACCAGCUGCGGCGGCAGCUAUCAUGGAGGCAAUAGAUGCUGAAAUGCCAUUAAUUGUAUGUAUUACUGAAGGUAUUCCCCAACAUGAUAUGGUCAAAGUCAAAAGGCGACUUUUGGAGCAAAACAAAUCUCGUCUUAUUGGGCCAAAUUGUCCUGGAAUAAUAGCUCCAGAACAGUGUAAAAUAGGUAUUAUGCCAGGACAUAUACAUCAGAAAGGAAAAGUUGGUAUUGUAUCAAGGUCUGGAACUUUAACAUAUGAGGCUGUGAAUCAAACAACCCUUGCUGGUCUUGGGCAAACUCUUUGUGUUGGAAUUGGAGGCGAUCCAUUUAAUGGAACGGACUUUAUCGAUUGCUUAGACGUGUUUCUCAGGGACCCAGAUUGUGAUGGUAUUAUAAUGAUUGGUGAAAUUGGUGGAAGCGCAGAAGAAUCAGCAGCAGAAUAUCUCAUUGAAAAAAAUACUGGUGGUAAAGCUAAACCAGUGGUGUCAUUUAUUGCUGGUCUUACUGCUCCACCGGGACGAAGAAUGGGCCAUGCUGGUGCAAUUAUUUCAGGUGGAAAAGGAGGCGCUCAAGAUAAAAUCAAUGCACUUGAAAAGGCUGGUGUAAUAGUGACAAAGAGCCCAGCACAAAUGGGAAAUGUACUCUUAAAAGAAAUGACGCGUCUUGGUUUGAUCUGUAAUUAAAAAACACAUGCUACUAUAAAUAUAUGUAGUUUGCCCCAUGUGCACGUAUCUUCAUAAAAUAAAUUGAAAGUAUAAAUAAUUCUGCGAUCAUCUAACAAACGAAACAGUAUAAUGCUUUAGAAUAUAAAAAUUCUUCGAAUUGAUAAUAAUUCAAUGACUAUGUUCAUUGUCAUGCAAGAUUGCCUGACUACUACUGUACUCCCAAAGACGAAGCUUACGAAGCGAAAGAAACGAACCUUUUCUCAAUGAAGAAAAUUUAUUUCAACUCUGUACAGUGUCCAUGAAAUAUGUUUACAAAAU